GUGAAUUAUCCAGCUGCAAUAAUGAUGCUGUCAUGUGUUUCAGGUGAGACCAACCCAAGAUUAUGGGUGGAGAAAAGGACUCGGCUGCACAGCAUCCACGCUCAUCCCUCACUGAAGGAAACCUUUAACAUCUACUUGUCAGAGCAGCCAAGAGGGAGCAUCCCUUUACUCUGACACUGAGGUUGGGAUAAACAGCAGGAUCACUAGGGACUGUGCCUGAUAGCACAGGAGAAAUACACAAUGGACUGGAAGUUCUGCACACCUUUUAGUGUCUUCAUUAUUUUACUGAUAUGUUUACAAUGCAGCUGCCACUGGAAAGUCCAGUUAAACAAAGGAAAAGAUGGAAAAGGCAAAAUAUCAUGGGAAGAUUACCAUCAUAAACGUCAAAAGCGUGAAUGGAUAGUGCCCCCAGUGAAUUUAAGAGAAGGAGAAGACAACACAUACAGAAAUCCACUAGCAAAGGUCCAUUCUGACAUUCAGGUGAAAAAGGGUAUUGUACGGUAUCACGUGACUGGACAAGGAGUGGAUCAGCCCCCUUUUGGGCUUUUUAAAAUAGACCCUAUAACUGGAUACCUAAAUGUUUCUGGAGUUAUUGUGGAUCGUGAAGAGAUAUCAAUUUUGUUUAUUACAGUCCAUGCUGUAACAGGUUCCGGUGUAGAGGUAGAGAAGCCGCUACAGUUGCGGGUGAGGAUCUUGGACAUCAAUGACAAUCCACCAAUAUUCUCCCAGAGUGUUUUUAUGGGUUCCAUAGAAGAAAAUAGCAGAGCAAAUACUCUAGUUAUGCAAAUCCUCGCAACUGAUGCAGAUGAAGAAAAUACAGUAAAUUCUCAAAUUGCUUACAGAAUAUUAUCACAGACUCCAAGUGAUCCUGCAAUGUUCAUUAUGAACCAGUAUACUGGUCAAGUUUUUACCAUGUCUAGUUCUCUGGACAGAGAGUCAGUAAGUGGUUAUAGCCUUGUGGUUAGUGGAUCUGACUUGAAUGGAGCUGCUGGAGGACUGUCAGGACAAUGUGGUGCCGACAUCAGAAUUUUAGAUGUGAAUGACAACUUCCCCAUGCUUGAGUUUGAUUCUUACUCAGUUCAAAUCAAGGAAAACAUGGUUGGUUUAUCAGACUUAAGGAUGAAAGUUUUUGAUGCAGAUGAAAUGUUCUCUGAUAACUGGAUUGCAGUAUUUGAGAUAAUAUCAGGAAAUGAUGGAGGAUGGUUCGUCAUUGAAACGGACGCUCAGACCAAUGAAGGUGUUUUGAGAGUUGUCAAGGCAUUGGAUUAUGAAGCAAUGAGGUCAGCCAAUCUAGCUUUUCUUGUAACCAACCGGGCUGCUUUCCAUUGGUCUGUCAUGUCUGAAUACCAAGCAAAAGUGACUAAUGUAAAUGUUCAAGUACAGAAUGUAAGAGAAGGACCUGUAUUUGUUCCCUCCACCUAUAAUGUGCAGAUCCCAUCAGGAUUAUCAGCAGAACAGAUGAUAAAUUAUGUAUUGGCAAAAAUUGUAGCUAUGGAUGUAGAGACUGGAGGACCAGCCACAAACGUUGUGUAUUCAUUGGAUAAGGAAUCCAGCAAGUGGUUUAUAAUUGAUUCUACAACUGGAGAGAUCAAAAUGACUUAUGAAAUGAUUCAAAAUAUUGCAAAAGCCAAUGGCAGUAGCACUGGCCCUAACGGUGGUCAAAACUUCACUGCAGUAAUCCUUGCUGGAGAUGGAAGUGAUCCUAGCCUACCAACAGGAAGUGCUGAUGUCAAUGUAAUAAUGCCUGGAAGAAAUCAAACCCAAGUCUGUCCUAUAAUUUCAUCAGAACCACGUGUGGCAUGUUUGGAUAAGAAGGAAGUUAUUAUCAACGCAGUUGAAACCCCACCAAGUCCCCCUUACACAAUAACUAUUGCGCAAAAUCCUGACUGGACUGUCAGACGACUUAAUGACACAGCUGUAACUUUGGUUGGAGGCCCUUCUGUUACUGCUCGUAAUUAUUCUGUGCAAGUAACCAUUAGGGACAAUAACGGUGUUACUUGUCCAAAUCCAUUCAAUAUUGUUAUACAAGCCUGUGAGUGCACUGCUGCUGGAUCUUGUGAUGCUUCAAAAUUCACAGGCAGGAAUGUAUCCCUUGGUCCCGCAGCAAUUGGUCUGAUGGUUCUGGGAUUUUUAAUGCUUCUGUUGGCUCUGCUCCUAUUGCCCCUAUGUCUAUGUGGAUCUGCAGCAGGGGCUAAAUUUGUUCCAGUGGCAGCUGGGUAUGAUGGAGCUUGUCAUCAAUGGGGAACAGAAGGUGCCAAGCCUGAAGAUGUGGAUAUGACAAGUCCAUUUAUAACUUCAGGAGCCCCUGAUUAUUCUGAGGUCAAUGCAAGCAACAUAACACACGGAGUUGGUGCAGGAAGCACAUCAGGCACAGCAACUAGAGGCGUCAUAAGAGAUAUGUCUGCUACUGGGCUUGAGACAACCAUUGCUCAAGGAGAAGGGUUUGAUGGACAUGGCAUGGGAUUUUCAGGCGAAAGCAAUGUAGCUGAAUCUUUUCGUGGAACCAUGCUUCCACCAUAUGAAAAAAGUGGCACACUGAACAUGGCUUAUGUGGAAAACUACUUUGCUGAGAAAGCAGAAUCGUAUGCCAAUGAAGAUGAGAGUCGUCCAGCAAACGAUUGUCUUUUAAUUUAUGAUAAUGAAGGUAUAGGAAGUCCAGCUGGAUCUGUUGGGUGCUGCAGUUUUAUUGCCGAUGACUUGGAUGACACCUACUUGGACACAUUGGGACCAAAAUUUAAAACACUGGCAGAAAUUUGCAUUGGUUCAGAAAUUGAACCAGAAUCACGUGGCAAUGAGCCAAGAUUGUUUCCAAAUGUUCCAAUUAUAGAAACCGAAACAAAUUUUAUAAUCGAUGAUUCAAGAGUUAAUGUUCCAGUCAACCGAUCUGUGCCAGUUGCCAACCAUACAUAUGUUACUGAGAGCUCAGUCUCAUCCUCCAAUCUUCAACCAGUAAGACCUAUGCCAGAAACUCUUAUUCCAGGUAAUGUAGUUGUAACUGAGACUUAUACAACAUCUGGGGGCACACUCCGACCAGUUACCCAUAAUCUAGAUUCUGGCCUCCCUUCUAAUACUUCCUACCUAGUAACAGAAAGGGUGGUUGGAUCUGCAGGAGCAGGACGUGGAGUAUAUAAUGAUUUACCAAGUGGAUCUAAUGUCACUGUGACCGAGAGAGUAGUCCGUCCAUCAUCUGGUGUUCAUGAAUUUAUAGAACUACCAAAUAUGACAAAUCUAGGAGACACAUCAAAUGUUGUAUUAACAGAAAGGGUUGUUGGACCAAGCAGUUCAAGGUUGUCUAACUCAUAUAACAUCCCAGAUUUUGAUUUUGCUGAUGGACAAAAUGUUGUGGUUACUGAAAGGGUGAUACAACCUAUCUCCAAUGUUCAGGGAAGUUUAAGCAUUCGCCCAGAAAUGGGAAGUUCUCAAAAUAUAUAUGUAACAGAAAAAACUGUACGAUCUGGUCAAGUCGGUAAAACCCAAAUGUUAAGUGUAGAACCUUUGUCAACUCAAACUGUUGGUUCAACUUCCCCAAGUUUAACCCGCAGCAAAGUUACAAAGUACAGCACAGUUCAAUACACUAAAAAAUAAAUUUGGCAAUUACACUAGACAUUUGUUUAAAAUACUAUAAAUUGUUCUAUUUAAGAUUUGGUUAAAUUCCUAAAUAUUAACCCUUUAAGACACAAUGGGAGUAAUAUUUUGAUCCAUGCAAUCAUAGAAUUGCUUCUAUUAGUCUUGCAAUUGGCCAUUCAAGUAUUGUUGCUCUGAAAAAAAUGGUCUUAAAGUCUUACAAAUAAAAAGAAAGCUAGGUUUAGGUUAAAAAUGAAUUCACUUUUUGUCAAUGGAUUUUAUAAUCUAUAUAUAAUUUGCCUUUAGCUGUGUUUGGGCAACUUUAUUCCACUGUCGUUCGUGUCCCAUUUUGUGUAAUAUAUGUAAAUUAAAAUUGUGUUACUGUGCUGUAAAUAGUAUUACAUUCUAAAUAAAACCUGUUAGCCUUAGCAUAUACAUUGUCUGUUAAUGCUUAGGUUACUUCCUUACUUGUCCUCUAAUGUUCCCUACUGUAGCUUAUAUAUAAAAAAAAAAAAACAUAUAUAGUAAACAAUAAAAGUCAUGUUUUCUCUUUAAAGCAAAUAUUUUUUUAUAUAGUUCUAUUCUUUUGUAUGCAAUUACUGGCCUUUUAGUAACAACAUUAUUUUUAGAAAUUGUUAAUGUUAUUUAAAACCCAUACUAAAUUAUGAUUUACUUUAGUAGACACCGUUAAAUUAAGUAAUAUCCGUAUGUGUUUCCAUCUUGUCAUUAGGUGAUAGAUUUUGAGAUACUGAUUCAAUAAAUAUAUCAUUUAUAUACUUUGUUCUAGUAAUUAAGAAAAAAAAACUUGUUCUUAAAGGGUUUGUCCAGCCACAUAAAUUCAGAAAAGGGACUGACAAGAUAAAAAAAGAAAAUACACAAAACAGAACUCAAACACUAUUGAUGGAUCUGAGUUCCCUGAGUUACCAUUGAUCUCCAUUUUCUGCUUCCCAUCUCAUUACAAGGAAAAUACUGGUUCAGCCAAUCACUGACAGGUGCGUCACUAUUGACAGCCAGAGAGUGGCUUAAACUGCACAAGGUAGUUGUCAGACAGAGUUUUCGGCCCAGAUCCCCGGAUAAACAAGCAAAUCCACCAUGUUGUUAAAUCAAGCACAAAAUGGAGAAAAGCAGGGGAAAGACAUUUCUAUGCUGCAUUUAUUACACCUUAUCCAAUAUAUAUUGAUAUUUUAUUUUCAUUUACUGAAACUAUAACAUCAGAUGUGCUCCUUACACUACUUUAAGAGGUUUCCAUUUAUAAAUCUGUAUAAAGGAAAAUUAGUGGUGCUACCAAUGCAACCAUGUUAUAAUUUUCUUGUGUAAUAUAUGGAAUUUAGGUUCUCAGGAAAAUAGCAUUUAAACCCCACUGACUUCUAUCAAAGAUUUUAGGUAGACAGAAUUUAGAGUAAGGGCAACCAGCUAGUAGCACUCCUAAGGCAGUAUUUGGACAAUUUCACUAGAGAAUGAGCACUAUGUUUUGUUUCACUGUGUAUAUAUUUAGCUGCUUCUGUUUUGGUACUGAAUUGCUUUAUGCUUUUAAUGCCUAGUUUUAUGUCUAUUUUUCUCAGUUACCUAUAAUGUCAUGGUUUAAGUAUUCAGUUGUGCAUUAGUGCUGCGUCAUAUUUUGUGGUUGUGGUUACUGGUGUUUAGCUGUUGGGCAGAUUUCCUAUUAGAGAACUGUAUAUGCCACUUUUAUGAUAUUGAAGGCAGAACUAGAGAUUCAUAUUUCAGUAUAUCAGCCAUACAGCAUACAUGACUAUCUUUAGAAAGACAAAGCCCUAUCUUAUCUAGAAAAAGCAAAUACAAUUUACAGUUGCGUACUAUGUGACUAUGCCAUAUGUUGAUGUGCUAAACACAUUGUAUUAGGUGUACUGACUGAUGUAUAUAAUGCUUUCAAAUUACCAGCACUUUUAAAGAUAACUACAUAAAAAAUAUAGUAUAGCUGGCAUACUUUAUUUAUAACAUCUUUAAACCAAAAUACUUAAAUAAUGAAGGCUGUGAGGAGCCAUAUUAGGUACAAAAUGAAAUAAAGUAUUGUGUAGUGAAGAAAAUAAUCUAAUGUAUUAUUAAACAAAAAACACAAUUAGUUAAAUGUUUUUUUUUUUUUUUUACAAUUUUUUAUCUAAUUACUAAUAAAUAAGAAAACAACCUAAAGGAAAUGUUCACUGUGUAAAAUUACAAGUGGUAUUGGUACAGGGCUUUUGUGAAAUUCAAUUGAUUCAGUCGUGCUGCCAAACAAAUGGCCCGUGUGCCAAUAAUUUAGGAAACACUGACUUAAACAUUACCCACGUUAAACUACUGUGAGAGAAAACCAAAGAGUAUCAAAAUUCCUGGCUACUGUUCUAACUUCUGAUUUAUUAGUAUAUGGACAUUUUGGAUGGAAAUACUCUUUAAAGUAUUCUUUAACAUAGAACUGUACGUGCCAAAACACCUGGCCUCUUGUGAUAAUAUAAAGUAUUUUCACACAGAUUAAAAUUAGUUAACAUAUAGUAGAUACUAGCUUUGUUACAUUCGACUGUCACCUAUGCUAAAAGUUUAAUGCUAGAAGAUUUUUUAUUUCUAUUACUUGUUAUUUGUAUUUAGCUUGUAAUUUGCUAGAAUGCAAAGAAAUAACUUAAGAGGCUUACUAACUUCAAAACAGUUCUAGGUUUCUUACCUUUUAAAUUCUGCUCCAUUUCUGGGCUGCAGGCCACUGGAGAACCCACAGUGUUAUUUUUCCCCCAGUAUCACAGUACCAUGACAAUGAAUCACUGGCAAAGAACCCCAGUGACUGGUAAUAUGGAAAGGUGUUAAAUCUGAUUUAUUCUAGAACUCUGUAUACAUUUGUAGAAAAUCAGAACUGGUUUUUGAUGUUGGUAAAACCCUUUAAGCACUUACAAAAGUUAUUUCGCUCUAGCAAAAUGUCAAAACAAUCAACUGAUCUGUUACAAUACAUUGUAAAGUUCAGAA